AUGAAACCGUAUCAAAACAAGCCAUUCAAGAGGCCGAGACCUCUGAGCUCGUUGGGCGAAGCUCCUUCUCAAGUGAUGAACCCAAAAUUGGAUUCAAACAGGGGCAAUGGUGGUGCUACGAAAGAACAAUCAGUGACACACCAGAAUCCUUCGACGGCUUUCUACACUAUGACAUACCGGAAAAAAAGCAUGAAAAAGAACAAGACGUGGGAUGGGGAUGGAUACGGCAUUGAGAGCUCGCCUGGUGUCUUGAAAUUUUACAGUGAUGCCGGUAAGAAACUCGGAACGGCGGCGAUCAAAGAUCGAGACAUUCUAUUUGACACGGUGUUCCCCAGCAGUGGCCAAGAGUUCCAAUUGGAUUAUUGCAUCACCAGCACGGACGAAUUACAAGCAGUUCAGCAAAUAUUAAAAGUUGCCGGUCCGCUGGCGGCAGCUCAGUGCGGAAAAAAGGACGAACUGCCGAGUUUGAAAUCUCAAAGGCCUUCCAGUCGAUGCGUCCCUACGACACUUGGUUCCUCUGUGACUUCCAGUAAGCCGCCAAUUUUUCCUCGAUUCAAGAGUGCAAUGAAGGGGUCGGAAAAUGGAGCUCGGAAGAAUGCAGCAUCGUCUGGAAAAUAUCUGCCUUUGCAUGAUCCUUCAACUGUCGAAAAUGCACUUGUGAUGAACAAACUGGGAACUGCACUGGUCGACGUUGUAGUAGAUCCGCUUUUGUCUAGGUUCUUGCGACCUCAUCAGAGAAUAGGCGUCAAAUUCCUCUACGAUUGUGUCAUGCAAUUAUCAAGGCCGGAUGGUCUGGAAGAUGACGCGACGGAGGGCCGAAUAUUAGGGCUGGACAGUGAUUUGCAGGGCUGUAUUUUGGCGGAUGAGAUGGGACUGGGUAAAACAUUGAUGGCAAUCACGCUCAUCUGGACCCUACUGAAGCAGGCACCUCGACCCACUAGCCCACUUACGCAAAAGGGUUACACAACGCAUGGAGUGGUCGAUAAAGUGUUAAUUGUAUGUCCUGUUACAUUGAUUUCAAAUUGGAAGAAUGAAUUUUCUAAAUGGCUGAAUUUGAAUCGGAUUGGAGUAUUGACGCUCAGCUCAAAGAAUACCACAGAUAAGGAUAAGAGUGAUGUCAGAAACUUCUUUAAAAUACCGAGAACUUUUCAAGUACUCAUUUUGGGCUAUGAAAAACUGCACAGCGUUUAUUCCGAGCUCGAGGAGUCCAGAUCUGAUAUUGGGCUACUUAUAUGCGAUGAGGGACAUCGACUGAAAAAUAGUCAAUCGAAAACGCUCAUUGCACUGACUAACUUAGACGUUUCGCGCAAGGUACUUUUAUCCGGAACGCCAAUUCAGAACGAUUUGACCGAAUUUUAUACUAUCAUCAACUUCGUGAACCCUGGCGUCCUGGGCUCUUUCUCGAACUUCAAGAGAAAAUUUAUCAAUUCUAUUUAUCUUGCGCGAGACGUGAAAAAUCGUCUCAAUCCUUAUAUACUUGAACGUGGGGAUGAGCGGUCAAAAGAGCUUCUAGACAUUACCAAAAAAUUCAUUCUGCGAAGAACGCAGGAUAUUCUCGAAAAAUAUUUACCGCCCAAAACCGACGCUGUUGUCUUCUGUAAGCCACAGAAAGCACAGAUCCAGGCAUUUCAAGCGGCUUUCGCUCAAAGUAACUUUGAUUUCGACCAAAUUACCUUCAAAUCGUCGCUCGCACUGAUAACGCUAUUCAAGAAAAUCUGCAAUUUCCCAAGUCUCAUUUCCAGCAGUCACCUGCCAAGAGGGCCGCAGAUGAUUGGUUCUUCUCGAAAAGAUGAAUCGGGCAAGUUUCGGGUCCUAACUGCACUCAUAAGCGAGAUUUCGAAAAUUAAACCUGAUGAGAAGGUCGUUAUUGUCUCAAACUACACUCAGACUCUCGAUGUGAUUCAAAGCUGGCUAACUUCGGAGGGCUUCACCUUCCUGCGUUUGGAUGGUGCCACGCCAAAUAAGCUUCGGCAGCAAAUGGUUGACAGUUUCAACAAUACCCCCGUCUUUUGUUUUCUGUUAAGCGCAAAAUCGGGUGGUGUGGGUUUGAAUUUGACCGGCGCUUCUAGAUUGAUCUUAUUCGAUAAUGAUUGGAAUCCUUCAGUUGAUCUCCAAGCUAUGUCAAGAAUUCACAGGGAUGGCCAGAAAAAGCAUUGCUACAUUUAUCGCCUUUUAACAACUGGGUGUAUCGAUGAAAAGAUCUUUCAAAGGCAGCUCAUGAAACACAAUUUGAGUAAAAAGUUCCUGGGCGAUGGGACUAGCGGUGCUGGAGAAAGUGACGAUAAUGUUUUUGAAAUCGAAGAUCUCAAGGAUCUCUUCACCGUCCAUGAAACAACAGUGUGCAAUACGCAUGAGCUUAUAUGCUCUUGUGAUGGCUCCGAUACAGUAAACGUUGAAGACUUUAAGACUGCAUCUGUGAUUGAACUGCAAGAAGAAAAACCUUAUUUCCAACUCGACGGAUGGACUAGCGCGUUAGAAUUGCAACAAAAUUUAGAAAACUCAGAGGCAUCUAACCUGAAAAAGAUGUCUGCCAUCUUGGGAUCGCUGUUGAAAAGCUAUAUACACAUCAAUCCCAAAAAGGUCAAGGUCGAUGGUGACCAAAUAUUGAACUCAGCAAUGGAAAGUUCUGAUCAAGACAUAACUUUCGUUUUACUGAAAAACUCUAAUGCGGGCAAAAAAUCAGAUGUUAGCGCUGAGAUAUGA